CAAUGACAGAUCACUGGCAUAAACAUUUAUCAGCUUAAACAAUAUAAAUUAUAUUAGAGUAUAUUUGUCGUUUAAAAAGUACCAAGUUUACAUGGUUUUUGAUCAUUAAACAAAAGUAAAUUACAUGCCUUAUCGUACUCAGUAUAUUGCUCAUCUCGUAGCGUCUUACGAACUUGUCUUUUGUUCUUAAGUUAAAUAAUCCCAUGUUCUCGUAAACAAGUUAAACAUGAAGAUUAACGAGAAAAAUUUAUGUGCUUUCGCUUCAUCUUCAACCCCCGUGGAUCGGGAGGGUUGGUUAGAAAUGAGGGGUGAAGUCGGUAAGAGUUACCAAAGAAGAUUUUUUAUGUUAAAAGGGAAUCUGCUGUUUUACUUUGAAAAGAAAGGAGACAAAGAACCCGUAGGGGUUGUUAUACUCGAGGGAUGCACAAUUGAAUUAACAGAGGAAGAAUCAUACAGCUUCAAAAUAGUAUUCCACUGUGAAGCUGGCCGUACUUAUUACUUAUGCACAAACUCACAGUCGUCAAUGGAGGGUUGGAUGAAAGCCUUGGCCUGUGCAAGCUAUGAUUACAUGAAACUGAUGGUAGCUGAGCUUCAGAGGCAGUUGGAUGAAGCUCAAGCUGAAGAAUCUGUAGAAGCUGCGACUGUGGUCACCGUCUCUCAAGCAGGGGAAGAACCCAAAGUACCACCGAGAGGACAGAGACACAACCCAUUUAACAAAGCGCCUGAUGAUAGUAAAGUUGUUACCGGGAGUAGACAUUACAAAGAGAACAUGAGGCCAGAAGUGGCUCGAAAGAAAGUUCCAUUCAGGGAAAUACACAAAGCACACGGACGAAAGAUCUUGUUGGACCGCAGUGAGUGGCGAGCCUCACUACGUGCGAGACUCAGUGAAACACCUCUCAUACAACUAUGAGCCAGGUGAAUCAGUUAGUUGUGUAGCUGUAAAUAUUAAACAGUAGAUGAAUUUAAAAAAGCAACCAUUAACUUCUGAGUGUGGCACAGUUUUAUAUAGAAAAAUUGUUUAGGACAGUAUUAUUGAAUUUAAGGUUGUAUAAAAUCACUUUGUAUCUUUGUUUGUUGCUGAAAUAUCACAUUUUGUUUGAAAAGUAAAAAAAAAAUAUGGAAAUCUUCAUUAUUAUAUAAAAUAGUUGUUGCAAAAAAUUUUUUCAUUAUCACCUAAUGUGACAGAAAAUAAUUUUGUUUUGGAACAAUUAUUUGAAAGCAGCACAUUAGUUAUAGUAAUGCCUUCCGCGGACACAGACACGCCGAGGUCAGGUGGACAAGAAAUAAAACAUUAUUAUUGUA